AUGACGCAAGGAGAGAGCUCAGAUGCGGGCGCCAAGGGCACGAAACGCGAUUUCUCGACGGCGAUAUUGGAUCGGAAGAAGGCGUUGAACCGGCUGAUAGUGGACGAGGCGGUGAACGAUGACAACUCCGUGGUGGCGCUCAACAUGAAGACCAUGGAGGAGCUCCAGCUCUUCCGCGGCGAUACCGUGCUGCUCAAGGGCAAGAAGCGCAAGGACACGGUGUGCAUCGUGCUGGCGGACGACACGGUGGAGGAGACGCGCAUCCGCAUGAACAAGGUGGUGCGCGCCAACCUGCGCGUGCGCCUGGGCGACGUGGUGUCGGUGCACCAGUGCGCGGACGUCAAGUACGGCAAGCGCAUCCACGUGCUGCCCAUCGACGACUCCGUCGAGGGCGUCUCCGGCAACCUCUUUGACGCCUACCUCAAGCCGUAUUUCCUCGAGGCCUACCGGCCAGUGCGCAAGGGCGACCUGUUCCUGGUGCGCGGCGGCAUGCGCAGCGUGGAGUUCAAAGUGGUGGAGACCGAUCCAGCGGAGUACUGCAUCGUGGCGCCCGACACGGAGAUCUUCUGCGAGGGCGAGCCAAUCAAGCGCGAGGACGAGGAGCGCCUCGACGAGGUGGGGUACGACGACGUGGGCGGCGUGCGCAAGCAGAUGGCGCAGAUCCGCGAGCUCGUCGAGCUGCCGCUGCGCCACCCGCAGCUCUUCAAGUCCAUCGGCGUCAAGCCGCCCAAGGGUAUUCUCCUCUUCGGCCCGCCCGGGUCCGGUAAGACGCUGAUCGCGCGCGCUGUGGCGAACGAGACGGGCGCGUUUUUCUUCCUGAUCAACGGGCCGGAGAUCAUGUCGAAGCUGGCGGGGGAGAGCGAGAGCAACCUGCGGAAGGCGUUCGAGGAGGCGGAGAAGAACGCGCCCGCCAUCAUUUUCAUUGACGAGAUCGACUCGAUCGCGCCCAAGAGAGAGAAGACGCACGGCGAGGUGGAGCGGCGUAUCGUGUCGCAGCUGCUGACGCUCAUGGACGGUCUCAAGUCGCGCGCGCACGUGAUCGUGAUGGGCGCCACGAACCGGCCGAAUAGUAUUGAUCCUGCGUUGAGGCGGUUCGGGCGGUUUGACCGCGAGAUUGACAUUGGCGUGCCGGACGAGGUGGGGCGGCUGGAGGUGCUGCGCAUCCACACCAAGAACAUGAAACUCGCUGAAGACGUGGAUCUGGAGAAGAUAGCGGCGAACACGCACGGGUUUGUGGGCGCGGAUCUGGCGGCGCUGUGCACGGAGGCGGCGCUGCAGUGCAUUCGCGAGAAGAUGGACGUGAUCGACCUGGAGGACGACAGCAUCGACGCCGAGGUCCUCAACUCCAUGGCCGUCUCCAACGACCACUUCACUACGGCGCUUGGCAUCUCCAACCCCUCCGCGCUCAGGGAAACGGUUGUGGAGGUGCCCAAUGUCUCGUGGUCCGAUAUUGGAGGGCUCGACAACGUCAAGCGGGAGCUGCAGGAGACGGUGCAAUACCCGGUGGAGCAUCCGGAGAAGUUUGAGAAGUUUGGCAUGUCGCCCAGCAAGGGCGUGCUGUUCUACGGGCCGCCAGGGUGCGGCAAGACGCUGCUGGCCAAGGCCAUAGCCAACGAGUGCCAGGCCAACUUCAUCAGCGUGAAGGGCCCUGAGCUGCUGACCAUGUGGUUCGGCGAGAGCGAGGCCAACGUGCGCGAGAUCUUUGACAAGGCGCGCCAGUCCGCCCCCUGCGUGCUCUUCUUUGACGAGCUCGACUCCAUCGCCACCCAGCGUGGCAGCAGUGUGGGCGAUGCGGGAGGGGCAGCGGACCGGGUGUUGAACCAGCUGUUGACGGAGAUGGACGGCAUGAACGCGAAGAAGACGGUGUUCAUCAUCGGCGCCACCAACCGCCCCGACAUCAUCGACCCCGCGCUGCUGCGCCCGGGCCGCCUCGACCAGCUCAUCUACAUCCCGCUGCCCGACGAGGCCUCGCGCCUCAAAAUCUUUGAGGCCGUGCUGCGCAAGUCCCCCCUCGCCAAGGAGGUCGACCUCUCUGCGCUCGCGCGCUACACGCAUGGCUUCAGCGGUGCCGAUAUUACGGAGAUCUGCCAGCGCGCGUGCAAAUAUGCCAUCCGGCAAAACAUUGAGAAGGACAUAGAGAGGGAGAAGCGGCGGGCGGCCAACCCGGAGGCAAUGGAGGAGGAUGAGGCGGACGAGGUGGCUGAGAUCACAGCAGCGGACUUUGAGGAGGCCAUGAAGUUUGCCCGCCGCUCCGUCAGUGAUGCUGACAUCCGCAAGUACCAGGCCUUCGCGCAAACGCUGCAGCAAUCUCGCGGGUUUGGCACGGAUUUCCGUUUCCCAGAUCGCCCUGCUUCUGCUACUCCAGCUGCAGCAGGGGGGGCUGCUGAUGCAGCUGCAGAUGACGAUGAUUUGUAUAAUUGA